AGCAGUUAGCUGAGCUCAGCGCCCAAGCUACAAGCUAGUCUGAAGAGCGCAGCCGCAGCCAGCUGACGCAGCAACAGUCGGCGGUCAGUAGGACCUGGGCGUGAGUCUCUAAGCCUUCAGUGAUUAUUAUUAUCAUUUAUAAUGAAGAAAUUAAAAAGACCCACAUCCUGACGUCCACAUUUUGGUCAAUGACUGUCUGUCGCGGUGACGGUUCCUGACAUGGACGCUAGUGACAAUAAGGAUGUGAAGCUUUCAGCCGAAGUGGAACCAUUCAUCCCACAGAAGAAAGGUCUCGAAGGAUCCCUAGUCAGCAUGAGUCUUUCUGGAGAGGCAGGCGGAGGAGGAGGGGGGGGAGGUAUAGGAGGGGGCGGUGGAGGGGUCGAAACCACUCCCAUACCCAGCUACCUCAUCACCUGCUACCCUUUCGUCCAGGAGAACCAACCCAACAGGCAACAUCCUAUGUAUAAUGGAGGGGAGCUGCGCUGGCAGCAGCCUAACCCCAGCCCUGGUGGUUCAUACCUGGCCUACCCCAUCUUGUCUACGCCCCAGCCUCCUGUCUCCAAUGACUACGCUUACUACCAGAUUAUGCCCGCUCCAUGCCCACCUGUGAUGGGCUUCUACCAGCCCUUCCCUGGCACAUAUGCAGGUCCUGUGCAGGCUGGAGUGGUCAACCCUGUCUCAGCAGAUGUCAGUGAAAGACCACUGCCUCUGGGGCCAGCAUAUGGGAUGGCCAGUCAGAGGGGGAGAGGCAUGGUCCGACCUAAUGUUCUCCCAAAGCAACAGUUAGGUGUGUGCCAGCCUCCAAGGGGUCGCCGGCCUCCAACCAGAAGUGUAGCUGUGCAGAAAGAGGUUUGCACCUUGGGGCCUGAUGGUAGGACCAAGACAGUCACGCUGGUGGAUGCAGCACAGCAGACCGAUUUCCCAGGUGAGGUGUCAGGGCGGUGUGCUGCUGAGCGGGCUAGUCCCCUGCUGUGGAAGAACCGGACAAAGAGAAGACGGGCGUCCCAUCCAGCUGAAGGCUACAACGAGCAGGGUGCCAGUGAGGCAGAUAUAGACAGCGACAGUGGCUACUGUAGCCCCAAACACAACCAGGCGGCAGGGGUAGCACAACGAACAGCAGAGAAUACAGCAGCACCCACAGGAGUAGAGGCUGGUGUAAUGACAGCAGGUACCUGGGUAAAUGUAGCCUCUCAGGCUACCCAGAAGUCCUGGGGAGACAGGAACAGCCAGUUCCACAGAGCAGACCAGAGGAAGAAUCCUGAACAGAGAAACUUCUCACAGAGGUUGCAUGUCUAUACUGGUGUUGUGGCUGGAACAAAGAAUGCAAUGAGACAACACAUAAGGAGUAUUUUAGCAACUGAAGACAGUGGUACCAACAGAAUGAAUAGCCAGGAUUUCCACAGUGGCUAUCCAGGGCGUGUGCCGCCGAACCAAUUGGAACAGAGGCUGCAGCCAGCAGUGGUCACUAGUACUGAGCUCACCCCAGAGCCCCUCUACUUUGAGGAUGAAGAUGAGUUCCCAGAUCUCACUACUGGAGGGGCUGUCCAACGCAGCACCAAACCAGAAUCUACUUCAGCCCAGACACACGCGCAACCUAAACUGCCCAAAAACCUGCUGGAUAACCUGCCAGAAAACUCCCCUAUCAACAUUGUGCAGACACCCAUCCCCAUUACCACCUCGGUUCCCAAGAGGGCCAAGAGCCAGAGGAAGAAGGCUCUGGCUGCUGCCUUGGCCACUGCACAGGAGUACUCUGAGAUCAGCAUGGAACAGAAGAAAUUACAGGAGGCAUUCACCAAAGCAGCAGGGAAGAAGAGUAAAACCUCUGUCGAGCUGGACCUGGGAGACAUGCUGGCAGCUUUGGAGAAACACCAGCAGGCUAUGAAGGCCAGACAACUCACCAAUACCAAGCCACUGUCUUUCACAGUUGGAACAACUACUCCAUUCCACGGUUCAGGCUUGACCAGCAUGCCAUCCAUGUUGAAGGGUCAUCAGCAGCCAUUCUCGGCACCACACAAUGCCCUGGAUUCCACCGCACCCCGUAUCAAGAGAGGGAAGGAGAGGGAGAUCCCUAAAGUAAAACGGCCAACAGCCCUUAAGAAGAUUAUCUUGAAGGAACGUGAAGGGAAGAAAGGGAAGACGAGUGUAGAACAAGAGUCUUCAGGCCAGGAGGAGCAUGGGGAUGAGUCUCUACAUUUCACUGAUGAUCUUGCACGAGAGCCUGCCUCCCAAGAAAGUGAGGACAAUGGUCUGAGUAUGCCCAGUGAUGCAUCCCUUUCCCCGGCCAGUCAGAACUCUCCAUAUAGCAUCACCCCAGUGUCCCAGGGUUCUCCUGCCAGCUCUGGCAUCGGGAGUCCUAUGGCCUCAAAUGCCAUCACCAAGAUCCACAGCCGACGUUUCAGAGAGUACUGUAACCAAGUGCUGAGUAAGGAGAUAGAUGAGAGCGUGACGAUGCUGUUACAGGAACUGGUUCGCUUCCAGGAGCGGGUCUACCAGAAGGAUCCUACCAAGGCCAAAUCCAAACGCCGCCUGGUCAUGGGUCUCAGAGAGGUCACCAAGCACAUGAAGUUGCAUAAGAUUAAGUGUGUCAUCAUCUCUCCCAACUGUGAAAAGAUCCAGGCCAAAGGUGGAUUGGAUGAAGCUCUAUACAAUGUAAUUGCCAUGGCUAGGGAUCAGGAGAUCCCAUUUGUGUUUGCCUUGGGCAGAAAAGCUCUUGGACGCUGCGUCAACAAACUAGUGCCUGUUAGCGUGGUUGGCAUUUUCAACUAUUCUGGAGCUGAGGGUCUCUUCAACCGUUUGGUGUCUCUGACAGAAGAGGCUAGGAAGGCCUACAAGGACAUGGUGUCAGCUCUGGAGCAGGAGCAGGCCGAGGAGGCUCUGAAAAAUGACAAGAAAGUCCCACACCACAUGGGGCAUUCCCGCAACCACUCUGCUGCUUCUGCUAUUUCCUUCUGUUCCAUCUUCUCUGAGCCUAUCUCAGAGGUCAAUGAAAAGGAAUACGAGACCAACUGGAGGAGUAUGGUGGAGACUUCAGAUGCCCUGGAGCCUGUAGAAGCUGAGCCGAGUCGCCCUGCACCUGCCACAGCCACCCAGAAAGACGGUGAGACCCUGGCAGCCACCACCAACACCGCUCUGUCUGGCUCCACUGCUCCCCAGCCCAGGGCAGUGCCUCAGACACUGACACAGGGUACCAGUGAGAGAGACGAGGUCCGGGUUGACGACAGGCUGGAAUUGGCCUCUCAGCAGAGCACAGAGACGGGCUCAUUGGAUGGGAGCUGCAGGGGCCCGCUCAACUCCUCCAUCACCUCCACCACUUCCACCCUGGUCCCCGGGAUGUUGGAAGAGGCAGAAGAGGAGGAGGAGGAGGAAGAGGACUACACCCCUGAACCCAUUUCUGUGGAGGUCCCCACCCUCAGCAGCCGUAUCGAAUCCUGGGUGUCAAAGACCCUGGAAAACCUGCAGCUGGGAAAGAGCCAGGAAAGUACAGAGGAGGAGGAGGAUGAGGAGGAGGAAGACGAUGAAGAGGAGAGAGGGCAGAGUGAAGAGGAGGAGGACCUCGAUUCCGCGGACAUCACAGAGACGAGGACGGAGGGUAAUGAGCAAGAGGAGGCAAAGAAGGUCACUGGUUGAUGUCACCUCUCCCCCUCGUCCCUCUUGUUCGUUCAUCCACUCAUUCCCUCUGUCCUCUGUUGCUCUCACAUCCCUCUUCACAGCAACCAGCAGCUUUUCUUCUUUGUCUCUAACCCCUGACACCAGACAUAAUCUCAGGUAUCCAACCAACUGACCAACACUCACACGCAUUACAGAGAAACUGACCAACUUACCAACACACAGCGUCGCAGACCCAACACCAACUAACACAGUCAACCCCUGUUCAGACCUGACAUUAGCAUACGUCUUGAGUCUUCCGAUCACAAGUAGACAGCUCUAAGUACAGGUGUAAACGCACAUCCAAGUUGCAUUGAGGACGCAUUGAGGUAUGAGUAUUUCUCAUGUCAAAGAACCACUGAGAAAUCACAGUAAAUGUUGUGCCUUGGCUGUCAGGGUUAGAUUAUCAUACUGUCUGUGACGUGUCGGCGUUUUUGCUCUGCACAGAUCAAAGAGCUCUUUGUCCCGGCUUUCUGAAGCUCGGUGCCUCGAUGCCACCUUUGCCAGGUAACGACUGCGGUGUUGGCUCCUGGUAUAAAAUAACCUUAUAGUUUUAGGUUAAUGAAAUGUUCCCCAAAUCACAGAUAUGUAGGAUAUUACUGCAGACGUUCCUGUAAUCUUGCGUCGCAACAGCUGCUGUAUUAGCCGUGUGUUUACUGCGUGUUUAUUUGCAUAUAGAGUGGGGAAGUGAUCACAAGGGCUCACUAAAGACUCAUGUGGCGAAGCACUCCAAUGACUGGUGUGAACACACGUACUGAGAGCUGUCCACUUGUGAUCGGAUCACCCAUCAGAUGUUAAUGCCAGGUCUGAACAGGGCCCAACACUCAAUCUUGUAAUUUAAAAGGAUGCCCUCACUUCUUGGGGCCAUAACCUGCUACACUUGAAUUCAGAGGGAAGUUUUUGACUUUCCUCCUCCAAAACAGAACUCUUUUUAGAGUCAGGGACAUUUCUGGGAGCAAGUGAUGAGCACUAAAAAAUGUUGAACUGCUUUCUGUGGCUCACAGAGGAGGAAAGUUGGAACCUUUCAGCUCCCAUCUUACUUUAUACAGAGCUCAGAAGGUUUACAGCUCUGCAAGUAUUUGUGUGUGUGUGUGUGUGUGUGUGUGUGUGUGUUUACAGGCACAUUGUUUGCAUUUAUUAUUGCUGUGUUCUUGAGCUUUAUCUUUGUAAAUAAUGUAGAUUUUUUUUCACCUGCUCCACGAGGGAAGGAGAGACAUGCAUUUCUUAAAUACUUCUUAGUUAUUUAGCUUUCCUCGCAGAAUAUUAGUGUCAGGGGUUCUGUCUUUCUACCCAAACCACUCCCACCUAUCGAUCUUCAGAGAGUUUUUUUUUUUUUAAUGUUCAAAUAAUAAGUGUCCCAUUCUGUAUUCAGAUGAUUCAGACGACUUUAACUUCUAAGAAGCAAAACAAGCUUUGUGUAUAUAACCUUGUGUAUGUGGUUCUACUACAGUAUAUAAUGGUUUGUCAUUUUGUCAUUGGAUCUUGCCUAGUGUGAAACUAUUUGGGUUGUUUUCCUCUUGACUGGAGUUCCCCAAAUGCUGUCUGUGCUUCAUAAAGUGCUCCUGUUCUGUUUUCUCUAGUGGUGUUUGUUCUCUGAUGGGGGGCCUCCCAAGGCUUGGUAAUGACCUAACACCAUCUUUAGAAAUCAUAACAAUGGGCUCUUCUCAUUUCUCUACUUUGUGUCUCCUUCUCUCCUCUGUCCUCCUGCCUGUGACCCCAAAAAUCCGAUCUUAGCACGCCAUCUUGAAUGAUGUCUCGAUUCCUAAAAUGCAUCUUGAGGAUAGAGGAGGCUUGCCAGAGGGGCUGUGAGCGAGGAUGCACAGGUGUAUCGUCUGCAGAAGUCUUUUCAGCACCUGUGACAUAAAAAGAGGUGUGACACACAGCAGGAAUAUACAAAGCGUGGCAGCUGUGCCACACGUCCUGUUGAAGUGACGACUCCGAAGCACGGAUGUGUCAUUUCUCCUCGCGGCUCUUCCUUGCCUCCUCCGCUCGCAUCGUAGGUGGGAGGGACUAAGACGCGAGGAGAGGAAUCAAAGAUGUACAAACUGAGAAAUGAGAAGAGGGGAUUUUUUUUUUUUUCAAAUGUUAGUUGUAAAGCCUUAGGCCUGUCUGAAAGUAUGAGGGUACUGGAAAGUUACGCUAAGUCGUUUUUCCAGUGUAUACUCUAUCUCCUUUUUAAAAAAAUGCCACUUAAAUCAAAUUAACCGAUAGGACAAGCCGGUGUUUACUGGUAUCAAACAUUAAACAUGAAUUUUAACAAUGCCGUUGUUGAUAAAAAAACAAACAAAUAUGGUUGCUUACAAAUGCAAUGGAGCACCUAGCUGCAACCAACAGCCUAAAGUCCAAUUCACCACAGAUGAGAAGGUCCCUCAUCACUGGAAGUCAAACAAGCGGUCACAAAGUCAUGCACAUACUAAUGAUAAACCCUUGUAAAUACAAGUGUACAAAAGAGAUGUUGCAUUGUAUUUAAAAAAAAAAAAAAUACAAUCAUCCUGUUAUUAAAGCCAUUUUGAUAGUUUUAACAUUUUAACAGUUGGAAUCCAAUUUGAUAAUGGUAUUUGAUAGUGAAUCAUAGUGACCAGUCGAUGAUGAUGAUGCGGUGUGUGUAAAUGCAGUAUGCCGGGCUGUAUGCAAUGUAAAGCCCUCAGAUGGGAGAUGACAUGUACUGAAUAUCAUACUUAUGAAAUUGAUUAUGAAAGUAUUUCUAGUAUGAUAAAAGGUACGCUGUGUGUAGGCUUUUUGUUGCUAUGACUUCCAUCAAAGUGUUUGAAGUAUGUUAAUUGACAAGUGUGUUUCUUUGCACUAUGUAAAUACAGUACUGGUAAAGGUCUUGUAACUAAUGUGAACAAAAAAACGGUUCAAUGAAGUACUUUUUUUCAGUGUGUUCCUCAUCUUUAUAUGGCUAUUUAAGACCGUCUCCUUCAGACUGUACAUCACUAGCAACGUUGUUAUAGGCCUGUUUGUCAUAAUCCUGUUAAUCACUCUUAACCUAUAUGGACUGAUGAUUAACAUCAUUAAAAUGUUGUUUAA